AUCACUACAACUCUGCUUUCAUCAUGUAAUGUUCAUGUUAAUUGCCUGCCUUUGCUGGUGUAUAUUAUCCUUGAAAUUGAAUGGAAUGCAGAUAUGGGUGACUCCUUACAACAGAAACGAGGAGUGGGCAGAAGGGUUGCUCGCAUACCAGAGCGAAGGAGAUGAUACUCUUGCUGUAUGGUCCCAAAGGGAUCGAUCUAUAGAGGACAAGGAUAUUGUGCUGUGGUACACACUAGGCUUCCACCACAUCCCAUGCCAAGAGGACUUCCCUAUCAUGCCAACAGUUUCUGCAAGAUUUGAUCUGAAGCCUGUCAACUUCUUUGAAAGCAAUCCCAUACUCCGAACUUUACCAAAUUACGAAAAUGAUCUGCCGACUUGUGCACCUUCUGCAUCCUAGCAACACCAGCUCCUGCUGAAGCCGUCUUCUGCGUAUGCACAAUGGACAUGGGGUGCAUGCAUUUGUAUGUAGUUGUACGUGUACA